AGUGCUCUUCAAUUAGUCCCGUUAAAUAGACGAUGUAGGCAAGAAGGACGGAUUCUUUCUCCGAAAGUUUUUUUUAUUUUUGUACCCAAAUUUCUUAAAGAAAUAUAAAGGAAUAACGAAAGGAUAUCUUGGAACAACACGUUUUGUUCUAUUCGUAAACAUUUGUUCAUAUAUGUAUAUAUCGAUGUAUAUAUACAUAUGCACAUAGAGAAGAUUCUUUGAAGAAAAAGUUCAUGAUAGUUCCCGGCCUCUGUGCUGCUUCGCUGUAGGAUGCCGAUUCUAUGGUUGAUUGUAGUGGCUAUUGGACUCUGUAACUCUUCUAACAAGUUCAUUAAAAAACCAAGAGACGCAACAAUUGAUGUGGGCGGCAGAAAGAGAUUUGAGUGUCUUAAGGAGGGAGAGGAUGAUUACUUAUGGAAAAUAAAUGACGUGAAGGCUAAUACACUCGGCCUAGAAAAUCUGAUCAUAAGUUCGGGUGCCGACGGAACUUCUUAUGCCGAUAUUUUUAAUGCAACUAUUGAUUUACACCUCGGUAAAUUGGAAUGCCAAGCUGGUAUGAGUGUGGAGAAAGCUAUGGUUGACAUAAGAGUUAAGCCUAAGCACGUCGCAAUUAAACCGAAGAAUUUACAAGAUUGCUACGAUUGGGAUGACCGAAUCAAGUCUUGCCUCAAGGCAAAGAGAAACGGCGGGAGCGGUCCUUAUCAUCUCGUUUGUACAGCGGACGGCGCCCGUCCGAAAGUUUAUUUCAAUUGGUACAAAAACGGUCGUAAAUUGUCCAAUAGAGAGUUUUCAACAAGCCAAGAUAGCUGCUUGACGCCGUUAGAUGCUUCAAAUUUUGUUAAUAAUAAACCCAAACUCUGCAAUUUCAAAUCCGUCUUGUUACAAGAAUUUUCACCAUUGUCGGGUUCAAUUAACUUUACGUGUAGUGCUCGAAUCGACAAUGGUGAGACUAUUGAUGGAAAAUCUUUAAUUAUGGAAUUUUCUGUCCCUCAAGAGAAACCGGUCAUUAAGGACGCAAGUAGCAAACUGAUAGACAGUGUCAUCAGUGCAAGAGAAGGCGAGACGCUUCGUUUAGUGUGCACUGUGGAAGGGGGAAAUUCUCGAAACGCCAGAGUAUAUUGGACAGAAGACGGAAGGGUAAUCACCUCAGACUUUUCAGUCAUUAAAUCUUUAGAAGGCAAAAUAAUUCGUACACGAAAUUUAAGCCUAAAAGUCAAAAAAUCUUUAAAUGGGAAAGAAAUCGCCUGCUUCAACGGUGAUAAUAAGAAGGCGGCUUUCUCUUUGAACGUCCUUUUUAAACCUCCCAAACCAAAAAUUUUCGUGAAUUUUAACUCUCUUUGUAAGAAAAAAGAUUCGGCUAUUGUAGAGUGUUUUUGCGGGCCAAGUAACCCUGCGUUCAAAGUAACGCUUAUGCACAAUGAUCAGAUUGUAAAGGAUUCUUUAUCAGAAAGUGAUCAAGACGCAGAUCCGCACACCUACACAACAUAUCUUCGACAUAGCAUUAAAGUUGUUGGGAAGAUUUCCAUAGUUUCUUGCAGUUGCAAUGGACAACAUUCCGAUACGAAGAACAUCACUCAAUGCUACCCUCCAAAGAAGCCAACGCUAAACGUAAAAUUCCAAAAGAGUAACGAGAUUUAUGAGAAAGGCUCUACGGUCGAUUUAAUAUGCAACUCGGAUGGUGGAUAUCCCAGGCCCUCUAUCACUUGGAAGGAAGACGGCGUUCCUUCCAAAAAGCAAGCAUUUUCAUGCGAAGAAUCAGAAAGAACUGGUAGAACCAAUAAUGAUGUUUGCUCUAAGUUAACUAUUACAUUUAGAAAGGAAGAUAAUGGAAAAACAUAUUCGUGUGUCGGCAAAAACGUUAUGGCAACGGGUAGCGAAAGUGAAUAUGCAGCAUAUAAAACGUUUAAUAUUACUUAUUUUCCGGAUAAUAUCACUUUAACAAGCAAUAAAAUGUCAAAGUUACAUGAAACGACCAGGUUCAUUUGUACUGUUGAAGGUGGGAAUCCUCAUCCGAACGUAACUUUCCGAUUGAAUGAAACCAUAAUAAGGAAAAAUGUUACAACAACGUGGAAAAGAUUGUCAUCAGCGGGUAAACCCUUUUUAACGACAAGUGUAUUGGAUUUAUAUAUGAACAAUGGUUUAAUGUUUCGGACAUUAAAAUGCUUAGCAAAAUAUCAUCCCACAACAUUCCAUCCAACUUAUGAAAUCGUCGAUGAGUUAAGUUUCCGAGUUGAUUCUAAACCGUUUUGGAUUUCGAAACCGAAUGAGAAUUUUACGGCAAUAGAAAAUAAAGCUUUAAGCAUAGUCUUCAGCAUAAAUGGAAGACCGUCUGUCUAUUCUUAUUCUCUACUGAAAAAUGGAAGUAUCGUUCCCAAAAGUCAUUAUCGAGUUAUAUCCAAUCGCUUUUUGAAUUUGUUGAAAUUGAAAAGAUACGAUCACGGAAGUCUAUUCACAUUUAUUGUGUCAAAUUCACACGGGAAUACCCAGGCAACAUUCCGAAUAACGGUCAAUUAUAAACCCGAAAUAAAAGCCAUAGGAAAAACGAAUAUAGUCUUAAAUGUUACACAAAGCCUUAUCCUCACUUGCCACUCAGAGGGACGACCUACUCCUGGUCAUAAGAACGUGUACUGGAGAAAGAAGAACGGCGUCUUGGAUACACGUCGUUUCACGCAACAGGUCUUUAAUCAAGGCAGUAUUGUUGUCAAUCAAUUGAAUUUGACGUCCGCAUUGAGACAAGACGACGGCCAAUACCAGUGCCAUAGCUAUAAUACGGCUGGAGUGUCUAAGCCUCAAAACUUUUCUAUUUCUGUUAAUUAUCCGCCUAUUAUACAAUCGUCCGACAAGAAGUUCGCGGCAGACUAUACCAAAUCGACGACUUUGAUCUGUAAAGCUAUCGGACGUCCAUCUGUUAAAUACAACUGGUUUAAGUUACCCGAACGUACACCGAUUAAAAUAUCUGGUAAAUUCUCCUUGAAAAAUUCAGGAAAUUUGAAGAUAGAUAAGUUAUCGAGAGAAGAUUAUGGUUUUUAUCUAUGCCAGGCUAGCAACCUCCUAGGAAAUGAUACGAAAACCGUUGAGCUUGCCCUAGUGGGCCCCCCUGAUAAGCCAUUUAACCUCUCUUUCUCUGAACUUACCCCGAGAAGUUUGACCGUUUCAUGGUCGGCUGGAUUCAAUGGGGGAUUAGAACAGACCUUUGAAGUGAAAUACGCUGUCUUCGAAGAAAAAGAAAAGAUUGAAGCUAUUAAAAUAGUAGGAAAGAGCACCAAGUGUGCACUUGAAAAUUUAAAACCUGGCAGAAAAUACUCUAUUAGUGUACGAUCGCGAAAUGCAAAGGGUUCUAGUGGGUUUACUUCUCCAAAAAAAGUAACAUUAGCUGACAUUGAUUGGGAGGAGUUAGCACCCGGUCAGCGUAACGAUGAUACUCCGCUAACUAUCAUAUUGAUUAUAUGUGUAGCGACGGCCGUAUUAAUUGGCUGUAAUGUGGUGCUUAUCUUUUUUUGCGUUCGUCGAAGAAAAAAGAAUUCUUUAACAAGCCGUAGCGAAAGCUCAGGGUCGUCAAAUGCAGAUCAUUCGCCCGUCAUUGUAAAGCCUCUACCUGAUAUUACGUCGUCUUAUAGUAAAGUACCGGAUGUCUAUCCUACAAAUGAAGACGCCUAUGAAGUAAGAUCAAACCGAUAAAACUACCAGAUUUUUAUGACUUAAGAUUACUCUACUUUAAUAGUCGUACACAUAUUUAUGCAUACAUAUAUACAUACAUACAUACAUACAUACAUACAUUCAUACGUAUAUACGUAUGUAUACUGUAUAUAUAAAUAUAAAUACGUAUAAUACUUAAAACAGUACGAUGACGAUGUUGAUCCCAAUUUCUACCAACAAGACGAACAAGUUUAUCCGGAUAUCGUUAAUUCUCAAAAUGGUGAUGAUGGCAAUUAUUAUCCUUCUUAUGUCUGUAAGUUUCCAUUGCCUAAUUAAUUUGCUAUACUUUAUAUGAUAAUUUUUUCUCUCCCAAGAUUACCCUAAUGGGGUCGACGUUUAUGACUUGCAUAGUGUUAAGCAGGACAGUCAAUCUUCUAGCCAAAGUAAUUUAGCCGCUGUUAACCUUAAAACUUUCCAAUUUGAUGAUCCACCCGGUGGACAGAUAGAUCAUUAUGUUUAAUUUGAUUAAGUUUGGAUUGUUUGUUUCGUAUCUUGAUUCAUUUUGCAGAAUAUGCAGAAUUAUAUUGUUAUUCCCCAA